AUCGUACGUGUUAGGUCGUUUAUUUUUUCUAUUUGGAAUUACGUGUUUGGCUAACUAUAUAUAUUUCAGAAACAGAGCCCCAUGAAUGAUCGAUCAUUGCAGAUGAUGAUGCAAGAAACAGAGAGAGAUAUACACAUCUCUCAUGAAGAUGAUUCUUUGCCAAAUAAUAAUGAAGAUAUGGUUGAAGCGUUUCGUAACUUGCUUCUCCUCCAUGGAAACUUACCUACAAAGCACGGAGAUCAUAAUACACUUCGCAGGUUUCUAAAAAUGAGAGAUUUUGAUCUGGAGAAGUCUAAAGAUGCGUUUUUAAAUUAUAUAAAGUGGCGAGUGGAUUAUAAAGUGGAUUUGAUCUCUCAGACGUUUAAGUUUGAGGAAUAUGGUGAAGUGAAGAAACAUUACCCUCAUGGGUUUCAUAAGGUUGACAAAACUGGUAGGCCAAUUUACAUUGAGAGACUCGGCAUGGCUGACCUGACCGCGUUUCUCAAAGCAACCACCAUUGACAGAUAUGUUAAGUAUCAUAUUAAAGAACAAGAGAAAACGCUGAGAUUCAGAUAUCCAGCUUGUUCUAUUGCUGCAGACAAGCAUGUUUCGUCUACCACUACCAUUUUGGAUGUCUCUGGAAUCGGAAUGUCAAACUUCUCAAAACCUGCCAGAUCUCUCUUCAUGGAAAUUCAGAAGAUAGACAGCAACUACUACCCUGAGACUUUGCAUCGCCUCUUCGUUGUCAAUGCAAGUUCUGGAUUCCGGAUGUUGUGGCUUGCACUCAAGACCUUUCUUGAUGCUCGGACAUUGGCCAAAGUUCAAGUGCUAGGACCCAAUUACCUUGGAGAACUACUUGAAGCAAUAGAUCCAAGCAACUUACCAACAUUUCUUGGAGGAAACUGCACCUGUUCAGAUCAUGGAGGCUGUCUUUUUAGCGAUGAAGGACCUUGGAAUGAUCCAGACAUCAAGGAAAAGAUCCAGGAGCCUUCCACAAUCGGAGAUGCGGAAUUAGAGAGUAUGGAUAAAGUCACAGAAAAUGCUCCAGCCAAUCAAAAAGAAAGUUCAGGCAAGAUCAUGAUCACAUUGGAGAAGUAUGCUGCCCUGAAAACUGCUGUCAAGGAUUCCCACAAGAGAAUUGAAAUGUUAGAGGUAUCACUCCACGAGACAAAAAAGGUCUUGAAUGGACUCGCGGAGAUUAUUGAGGCCAUUCAACCGAAUCAAACCUAUAGCCAAAUGCAAACCGGUUUAGAACUGUGUGGAAUCCUCCGUACUACGGCGAUUAAUGCAAUCAUGUGUAGAGCCAAUCUGUCUCACAUGCAACUGCACGUGUGAUCUCUGCACCACAAAACUUUCAUCUCUCGCAUUUAUUUCUCUAUUAAUCUAAUUCCACAGCUCGAUUUGAUCCUCUUCCCGAUGACAAAUGCUUCUUUGGAAUAACAAUACUAUUUAUUA